GAGGAUGCCUUCAGUGAUGUACCUGUUCCUCCUCUUCCUCGUCUCCCCAAUCGAAAGCUUCCCUACUCAGCCGCCCGAGCCAUGCCCGUCUGGCCGUGGAGAAUGCAGGAGGAUGAAGGAGUGUCCCGCAGAAGUGGCAAUGUUUAAUGAAAAUCCUUCCAUCUUGCCGUCGCUAUUGUGCUCCAUGGAUCCCUCCGGUGAGCCCAUGAUCUGCUGCAACAAAACAUCACCACUACCGGAAGUCACACGUGAAAAUACUGCAAUGCGCAUCAGCAAAGCUAAAUGCCAUGAGUACCAGCUGAUGCUGGCCGAGACGAAGAGCACAGACUGCGAAUACCUCCAGCAGCCAUUGAUUACCGGAGGAACAGCAGCUGAACCCUUUGAGUUCCCUCACUUGGCUUACCACGAUAUUGCUCUAUUGAGAAUGGAUAACGAUGUGCCUAUUCGGUCCAUGAUAUACCCAGCGUGUCUGCCGACUGACAAGGAGAUUCCGCCACCAGGAACCCCAUUAGUUGUGGCUGGAUGGGGAAGAUUGGCUUUUGGUGGGAAGAGAGCAACAGUUCUGCAGAAAGUAACAGUUCCAUUGAACGAUACACUCGAGUGUGAUCUCACGACAAGGUUUAUCUUCGUGAAAAAGAACUAUCCGAAUGGAAUGAAGGGACAAGUCCUCUGCGCAGGCAUUGAAGGGAAAGACUCGUGCCAGGGAGACUCUGGUGGGCCGCUGAUGCUCCCUCGGAAUGAAAAUAGUUGCGUGCACUACGUGUUGGGGACGGUAUCUACAGGGGCUGGGUGCGGAGCUGCGGGUUUUCCGGGCUUCUACACUAAUGUACCCUUCUACUUGGACUGGAUUGAGGAGACCGUCUGGAAGAAUGACCCAUGAAUGCUGGACAUCUGUGCUUUGAACAGAAAGCCGCAGUUGCAACAGCUUUCAUGAAAAAGAAAGAACCCAUUUGACUUUAAGCUUCAGAAAACAUGUUUUUCGAACGCUACCAUUCAAAAGGAAAAAAAUAAGAAUAAGAUAUGGAAUUUAAAAAAAAACAGAUUUUCCACAGUAAUUGUCAUGGUCAGAUCCAUAUUUGAAAAUGCAAAUGUCAGGC